AUGCCACGAGAUAAUGUUGAUGGAGAUGGUGAUGGCAAGGGUGAAGAAUUCGGUUGUUUAGGAGUCAACGUUGCUAGAACUUGGGAUGGUGAUGGUGAAGAUUGGGAUAUGCCAAAAGGCUGUGGCGAUGGAGAUGGUAAUGGUGGGGGAGGAGAUUUGAAUAGGUUGGGAAGCAAUGAUGGAGAUGGUGAUGUAAAUGGUGAAGAUUUUGGUUGGGAAACACUAGAUAGGUUAGGAGGCAAUGGUGAUGGAGUUGGUGGAGAUUGGGAUAUGAUAGGAGGCAAUGGCGAUGGAGAUGGUGAUGGAGAGGGUGGAGAUUUGAGUAGGUUAGGAGGUAAAGGUGAUGGAUAUGGUGAUGGUGACCGAAAGGGUGGAGAUUUUGGUAGUUUAGGAGGCAAUGGUAAUGGAGAUGGUGAUGGUGUAGACUGGGUUAUGCUAGAAGGUAAUGGUGAUGGAGAUGGUGGUGGUGGAGAAUACAAUAUUCUAGGAGGUAAUGGUGAUGGGAAUGGAGAGGGUGAGGGUGAAGAUCUGAAUUUGUCAGAAGACAAUGCUAAUGGAGAUGGUGAUGGUGAGCUUGGAGAUUUGGGUAGAUUAGGAGGAAGCGGUGAUGGAGAUGGUGAUGGAAAAAGUGGUUAUGAUUUCAAAGUAUUAGGUGAUGUUGGUGAUUUCAAAAUAGGAGGUGGUGGUGGUGAUGAUUUCCAAGUAUAA